GAUGUUAAUUUUGACCGGUCGCUGCAACGUGCGCCUCCUCGCCUUGGUCUUAAGGUCACCAGGCAGAUAGGUGAUAGGAGGUUCUUGAUCGGGUUGAACGCCGAGACUGCAAUGACCGUUCCAGCUCAGUCCAGUCAUUUCCAAAUCGGCGUCGUCUCUCAGCCCAAGCGGCUGAUUUCCCCGGCGGAUGUCGAGGAAGAGGUGGAGGGGGACGAGGAGGAUGAGGAGUUUGAAAUGGUUCGCCGCCAGCAGCGCAAGCAAACUGGAGCUGCCGAAGCCUGGCAGACGAACGUGAUAGCGACCCCGAUGCAAACUACUUUGUCAUUUGUGUAUUCGCGCAAUGUUUUCUCAGGGAAAACGGCCUACGAGCGUUUACGCUCUGAAUGGAGCUCCGAGGGCCAUCAUUCGUUGCCGGAGGACAAUGAGCCGCGAUCUGUACGGGUAAAUGUUGAGACUACCGUGGGGCUUGAUUUGGCGCUUGGAUGGCAUAUUGAGGGGACCCGCCAGGUUGGCGAUUUCACUCGCUUGGGUCUUGGGGUUGGUGUUCGAGAUAUGCAGGGCCUCGUCGUGACUAUGUCCUGGAGCAGGCUGGGCCAGAAGAUCAGGGUGCCCGUAUCUGUUAUCCCAUUUGGACUUGUCGAUGCGGAUGUAGCGGCAAUGGCUAUUAUCUGCCCGUGGCUAGCGUACUGCGCGCUAGAGUUUGGAUUUAUUCGUCCAAGGGAGAGAAAGAGGCAUCGCCGGGCGAUUGCCCGACGACAGAAGCAGCUGAGAAGACUUGUGCCCAAGAAGCGGGCCGAGAGCCAAGAAGCUAUUGAUAUUAUGACCGAGCAAGUACAACGCCGGCAGGCGAAAGAGGCUAAGCAGGGUGGUUUGGUCAUUCUCCGGGCUGAGUACGGCUACUAUCCUUCGAAGAAGGACAGGGAAAGCGGCCGAGAACCGGAAGUCACGGACGUCUCCAUCCCAGUAGCUGCACUGGUUGACCACGGACAACUGGCCAUCCCCAAGGAGAUGGUCAAGGUGAGUUUACAGUUCCCUUCUGCAGGCGAUGCUAGCAGUGCUGAUUUGAGUUUGACGCAGUCCCAUAUCCUUGGAUUCCACGACCCGGCUCCACUUCUGCCUAAGAUGCUCAAGAUAUGGUACAAUUACCAUGGACAGGAGCAUUACGUCGAAGCAAAGGAGACAGAAGACAUUUCCUGUCCUAUGCGUUCGCAUCUAUUGUAG